AUGGUUAGCAGUCGGGAAUUACUAAGUGAAGGGGAAAUGAUAAACAUUCAUGCUAAUGCUGACCAAGCUCCUGAUUUUGAUGAAUUAAUGUUGAAAACAGAAAUUUUUGCCAAUUUUAUUUUGUUAAGAACCCAUAACAAUUGUACAAUAAAAGAGAGAGAGAAAGAGAGAAAAGAAAAACUUCAUCCCAAGGAGUCAAUGGUCAUGAAGGGUUUACUGCAUCACAAAUUUUGA